AUGGGUGGCGUUUCCUCCAAAUGUAUAUGCGCAUGUAGUGCAGACCAGGAUCAUCCAUUAGAUUUGCUACAUCCAAGUGAUGUGGAUUUGUCAUUGGCAGCCAGUGAGGAAAACAACAUACAAGAUUCAGAAUCAAGGACAGACGACGACGAGCCUGACUCUCCACAGGUUUCCUAUCAACUGUUGUUACUUGAAACUCUCAAUAGUUUUCGGAAUGUCGGGCUUUUUACGGACUUCAUUAUUAAAGCAAACGGCACAGAUUUUCCAGCUCACAAAAACGUUUUAGCCGCUGGAUCGGCUUUCUUUAGGGAGCUGUUUUCAAAAGAUGAUGUCUCUCAAAGUACUUGUCGUGAAUUUGAAAAAGUUGAUCCGAGAACUAUGGAAAAUAUUCUUAACUUUCUAUACACUGGGAAGUGUAAACUUGAUCAGCUCAGUGCAGCACCAAUGCGUAAAGUAGCCGAAGUUUUGGGCUUACUUGAUUUACUGAACCACUAUCUGGAGCAAGUGGUUGAAAAAGAAGGGUCUACUUCAAAGUGUAAAUCAAAGUUUAAUUCACUUAUUCAAGAAGCUGUUUUGACGAAACUGUUAGCCUUUCAGGUUGAAGGAUUAUACUGUGACCUCACUUUGACAACGUGUAGUGGUAGAGUGAUUCCUGUUCAUAAAAAUGUCCUUGCGGCAGUAAGCUGUUAUUUUAAAGGGUUGUUCAGAUCUGAAAUGAAAGAGGUUCAGGAAAGUAAUGUUGAUUUGGGUGUUAUAGAUGAGGGCAUUGUCGAAGAGUUACUGAACUUCGUUUACAGUGGAGAGAUUUCCAUUACAUUUGAUAAUGCAAGGAACUUGCUACAAGCCAGCGAUUAUUUGUUAAUAGAACAUUUGAAGAGAAGAAUAAUUGACUUUGUAAAGGAUUCGUCAACGCUAGCAAACUUCUGGUGGAUAUAUUCCCUUGUUAGAAGUUUCGUUUGCCUCGAUGAAGUUUAUCAGGAGAUGCUAAAUUUCGUUUGUAAUCAUUUCUGGAGUAUUGCCCGCUCUGGUGAAUUCCUUGAAAUCACAGACCAAGAUAUGCGUUGGUUCUUGUCAAAUGACGAUAUUUUGUCCAGUGAAGCGCAAAUGUUGGAAUCUUUAAUUUGCUGGUACAAGCACGCAAGAGAGGAAAGAGAAGAGUCAUUUAAAAGACUUUUGAAUCUCAUCCACAUGACCAGCAUCCCAGAUCUUUAUCUAAAGAAACUUGCUGUCGACGAAAACAUCGACGAGUUGUCCAAUUUUUCUGGUUACAAGCUGAAGGAUGAUGUUUCAGUCGAUGAAGUCCUUAAGACCGCGCAUUUUCACAAUGUAGUGUUAUUUGGCCUCACCCACAGGUUGCAUUACACGCACUCCUAUAACCUGUGUUUCUGGCUUCCCUUUGCUGGUCCGUGGUCACUCAUCGCUCGCAUUCCUCAUAACAAAUCAAUGCUGGCGAAUGGCACACCUCUUAUUUACACCAACUCUGGACUCUAUGUACAGGUUCCGUGGAACAAUCCCAAGCUUGCUUUUCACAGAAAUCCCCUCACCGCUCGUCAUCUUCUACCCACCCCUUGCGUUGCCCCGACAACGGACAUAGAACCAUGCGCGCCAAUGACCUUCGACUGCGCCGCGGUCACGAUGGGCAGAUAUAUUUACCUGAUUGGCGGUAUGUCCAUGCAGGAGGUGUCAGAAGUCAAAACUGUCCAGCGAUAUGAUGUUGAGAGGCAGACGUGGGCAACGGUGGCAGACAUGUGUGAGCCGCGGUACGAGCUAACAGCGGUAAACUACAAGGACAAGUACAUCUUCGUGUUUGGAGGCAUGGACGGUUCGGCCCACAGAGAGUGCCUGAAGACAGUCGAAAAGUAUGAUCCGCUGAAGGAUCGUUGGUCCUAUGUCAAGUCCAUGCACCAGCCUCGGUCCAGCGCGUUUGCGUUUGUUCACAGUGACAUGAUCUUCGUGAUUGGUGGAGAGCGAGGUGAAGACAUCACCCCAACCGACUGCGAGGUUUACAAUCCAGCGACAGAUGAUUGGCAGGUCAUCAGAAUUCAGGUAAAUAAGUUGUACAUGCUGAGAGGGCAGUCAGAAGAAGGGUCGUGUCUCCAUGUGACGUCAAACGAGUGCAGAGUGAAUGGGAAAUGCGGUUGCUUAGAAACCGCUGAUUUAGCCGUGGCACUGCCAGUCAAAUCGAACCUUGCGUUGCACGAUCCCGCUAUUCUUGAAGAAGCAAGGAUCACGCGACCAUACGUGACUUGUAUCAACGGAACCAUUGUUAUUCUCGACUUCAGCACUUGCGCAGACGGCCAGCGGAAAGCAGACUUUUACUUCGUAAACCCAGAGUCAGGUGAUUUUAGGGUCUUGCGUUCGUUGUUUGCAUGGCCCACUGACAUAUCGUAUGGUGCCAUCAUGCCACUUAGUAGAAAAGAUGUGAUGAAGGCGCUCAAAGACUACUCAGCACAGGAAGCCUCGAAAAGUUAUCUUUGA